UUCAAAAAAUGAAUGUCUCGAAGUCGAAGUCGAAUUCGAGACUUCAAAGGAAGUAUUUGUACCGAAUACUCAUUCUAUGCUUUUAUGAAAACGAAAAAAGAAGAAGAAAACAAUAAAAACUAAUGGUAAAAGAAAAGGAUUAUUCUAAAGAAUUUUAUACGAUGAGAAACUCUAGUGUUGUUUGAGGAUUAAUGUUGGUAUCGAUGAGAGAUUCGCGUAGGUGGAAAAGGAAGGGUAACAUCCGUUCUAAUGGCGUCAAGACCCAAGCACUGUUGUCACAUUUUGUCCUACAGUGUUUCAAUAUUUUGCUUUGUUUAUGUCGCUCAAGUUUCCGGAAAAGGAUUCAAAAAAUUCGCUCGGAAUUGCAAAGGCACAGAUAGCUAGCUUUUACAGAUGGAAAAGAAAUAAUCUCAGAAGAAAUUUUCUCCCAUCAGUAGCUAAAAUAAGUAAUUAUGGAAGUUACAACGGAGGAGGCACAAGCAGUCCUGCUGGAGGGAAUGGAGGGUGCACAGUAUAUUACUAUUCAAAGGGCAGAUGGAGAAACAUUAGGCAAAACUGUGCCUCUUUUAACGUUAAAUGGAGAAUUAAUCCCUGAGGGAAUGGUAGUUGAUAUGAUCAAUGCUGGUGUUGGUACAGAUUAUGGUACAGCAACACAGUACUACGAAGCAGAUGAUUUAUUACAGCAUGAAUUAACGGAGGAAGAUCGUAGAUUGGCAGCAGCUUUGGUUGCUGUUCAGUUGCAGCAACAGCAAAAACAACAGCAGCUUCAUAGUCAGUCGCAACAUGAAGAAACAGCCUUACCAGAUGUUUCUCAUUUAGAGACUUUAACACCUGUUAACACGUACUCUAUCCAAACUGUACCAGAAUCAAAUACACCACCUGUAUAUCCCACUUUACAGCCUUUCAAACGAAUCACGCAUAAUGUAAAGCAAGAGUUCAUAAAUGUUAAAAGUGAAUAUGACGUCGAAGUAUCGGCGGAGAGUAGCGAAGAUGCUACUCCAAGUUCUGGACCAAAAAGAUCGUUACCGCAUAAAAAGAGGAUUCCCCGUAAUUUCAAACAACAAACCAAGAGAAAUUCAGCGAGAAAAGAUAGUAAUAGACUGAAUUCAGAUGGCAUAAGUACUGAAUCAUCCACUGAUACACAGUCUCAUGUAUUUAAAUGUGAGCUAUGUAGUUCUAAAUUUAAUAGUCAAUUAAAAUUUUUUGAACACCUUAAGGUGCACUAUGAACCUGUAAAACAAGAAACAAGAACAGCACAAGCAACAAAUACAAAUAUCACUAUAUCUGUGGCAGAAACUGCUCAAAAUCUUGAGAACACAGUGAUUGAAGAGUUUAGUGAGCCUGAGGAUCUCAUGGAAGGAAUUAGAGGUGUUGUGGAAGAAACAGGUGCUCAGAUAGACGAAGAUACGACAGAAUCUCCAUUAUCCACUGUGAACGCUACACCACCGUUGUGGACAAUUACCGAUGUCACGGAGCAUGUACAUAGGGACCAUGUAAAACCACCGACUGUCACUGAGCCAACGUUACACAACAAAGAAAAGACUGACAUUCCACAAACAAUGAAAAAGAAAAAAAUACUGAAAACGCGGAAAUCAAGUGAUGAGCUAAUGUGCUCCCAGUGCGAUCGGACAUUCCAUCACAAAAAUAGUUUAGUGUAUCAUAUGCGAUCUCACAGUGGGGAACGACCGCAUCAAUGCGAAGUUUGUGGAAAAAGCUUCUUUGCUCCCAGUGCAUUAAAGGUACACAAACGGCUUCACAGCGGCGACAAGCCGUACAAAUGCGAGGAAUGCGGCCGACAUUUUCGUCAGUGGGGAGAUUUAAAGUAUCAUUCGACAAGUAUUCAUUCGGAACAAAAACAAUAUCAGUGUGAAUACUGUGGUAAAGACUUUGCGCGAAAGUAUUCGUUAAUCGUUCACAGAAGAAUACAUACUGGAGAAAAGAACUACCGGUGUGAAUUUUGUAAUAAAACGUUCAGAGCAAGUAGUUAUUUACAAAAUCAUCGUCGUAUACAUACAGGGGAGAAACCCCAUCCGUGUACAGUGUGUGGAAAACGGUUCAGAGUGCGAAGCGAUAUGAAGAGGCACAUGCACACGCAUUCUAGAGGAAGGACUGAAAGACCUUUGAAUAGAGUUAUAUCAGGGAAGAACAUAGAAGACGAAAACGAUAAGGGAUCACAAGCAAAAACGAUUCAGGAUCUCGUCAGAGAUUUGAAGUUAGAAGUGGAAGCAACAGGAGUGGUAGAGAUUGUUCCACCGGAUGAUAAUCCUGAAAGCAUUUUACCACAUGCAGGAGGACAAACUUUGGAAUACACGGUAACAACCGCAACGGACACAAACUCAGAUAGAGAUCCAUUAGAAGCGGUUGUCCGUACAACUGAUAACAUGCAGUAUUUCUUCAUGUAACAUCUGCUGGGAGAAAAACUGAAGUUUGUUUUUGUAUUAUAAUA